AUGUUCUUUGAUGGGGCUGUAAACAUAAAAGGCGUAGGGAUUGGGGCAAUUCUGAUCUCACCCACAGGUCAACACCAUCCAGCCACAACCCGACUUUGGUUCUUUUGCACAAACAAUGCUGCUGAGUAUGAAGCUCGCAUCAUGGGUAUGAACAUGACGGUUGAUCUGGAUGUACAAGAGUUAUUAAUCAUGGACGAUUCUGAUUUAAUUAUCCAGCAACUCCAAGGUGAAUGGGAAACUCGAGACAUCAAACUCAUCCCGUACAGGCAACAUGUAGAAGACAUCAGUAAACAGUUUAAGUCCAUCGAAUUCAAGUAUAUUCCCCGAUUCCACAAUGAGCUAGCAGAUGCACUAGCUACUUUAGCCUCAAUGCUACUAUACCCGGGUAAUGUUCAUAUUGACCAGCUCAAAAUUCAGGUUCGAGAAAGGCACGGUUAUUGUAACGCAAUUGAAAUGGAGCCAGAUGAGUUGCAUCCUAUGUCAGUGCCUUGGUCGUUCGUUGCCUGGGACAUGGAUGUUAUUAGGCCAAUCGAGCCGAAAGCUUCAAAUGGGCACAUAUUCAUCUUGGUUACCAUUGAUUAUUUCACAAAGUGA